GCAUCAGCUUGCGUGCUGCAGCAAGUGGUGUGUACGUGUGUACGCAGGACAAACAGCAUCGGUACACUGGUCAAUCACAGAAAGGUAGACACAGAUGAGUAACUGGUGCGGGUGGUGGGUCGGGUAGAGGGGGUUGCCAAACCUCCUACGCUAGUGUUACUUUGACAAACUGAUCUCAACCGCCAGCGCGAGGUGUCAGUCGGUCGUCUACCGAGAGGACGGGAGCUCUCCAAGCUUGACGGCCCGUCAGUCCGCCGUCGCCGCCUGUGAUGGGAGUAGCGGCGGCUGGCAGACGACAGCGUGUGGGAGAGGAUGGGGGAGGUGAAGAGCCCUGCCAGAGGGGGGGUUGGGGCCCCGGUGGUAGCUUGGGUGGGUCGGCGCCUGUCGGCCCAACUGUCUGCCCGUCUGUCUGGCCGUCUGGCCGCCAGCUCGCCGUGGCGCCCUCUAACGGGCUGUUUAUCUGCCCCGACUGGCGCCGAGCUCUUCGCGCUUGCCUCUCAAUACUUCGAUUUUCCACAAACCCCCAAACCCACACCCAGGCCUUCCUGCCUUCCUUCUCUCAGGCUGCGGUUGCCGCGCAGGCGUUCAAACCCAACGUAGGAGGCAGAACACAGAAGGUCUGUGGCCAUCUCCAUCGUCUGAUGUGACGGGAAGCCAGUGGUGGUGGCACUGACACACCGACCUGUUCGCUGGAAACAAUGGAAAGUCCUCGAGCCUCCCUUCGCUGGAUGUCGGAACUGCUCGUACGACAGUGACAGGUGUCGCAGGUAACGGGUACCGACUGCUGCAGGUGCGUGGAAGUGACGUGAACCAAUCUGUAUAGCACACGGUUCAAAAAUUUGCUCCAGAGCCGGCUGCGUCGUCUUCGACAAUCGGCUGACAUGGGGGACAAUGCCACCAGCGAAAACAGCCGCAUAGACUGGGAUGUCGGCGACGAGGACUUGAACCCGGCUGUUGCUAUUGCUGAUAAUGAUGACGACGAAGAGAAUGCGACGCGCUUGAAGGGUCAGCACACGAGAGCUAAGCAUGCGUGCGAUGCUGAAGACGAUGUCAACGCUCCAGAUGACGACGGGGUCAUCUGUAAAAGUUCUCAAUGUGCCUCAUCACAGUCGCGCUCCAAACAAGAUGCGCCCUCUUCGCGAUGUAGAAAGCCCAUGCCUGUAAGCCCUGGGCCUCAGCAGUGUGUGUCUCCCUCAGACAGUGAAAUCUCGCGCAUACGUGCCCGCCUAGGCGGCGACACUUCCGGUUUGGAGGAAGACGAAGAAGUAGACAAGAGCAGGUUGAUGCAGUACGCGGAGGUUUUGUACAAGUGCGCCCUCUGUACGACCUUGCCCUGCAUCCUGACCUCCAAGGCCAGCUUCUUGUCGCACGUCGAAGAACAGCACUUAAACAGUCCGCAGCAUGGAGAGCACGCGCCCAAGUGCUCUCAUUGUGAUCUGCAUUUCGCCACGACCUCUGACCUCACGGAGCAUGUAGCCUGCGCACAUCACGACAGUUCUACGGACAACGAUGACAGUGACGAUUCGUGCGACUCUAAAUUACGCGAAAAGCUAGUCUACUCAGAGAAAACGGAGGCAGAGUUUCACAAACAAUUGUCAUUGAAAAUGGAAAUCGAUGAGCGCGAGGUCGACGAGAACAGUGACAGUGACGAGGGAGGGGAAGCCUUCCUGAGAAGAAAAUCGUCGCUGUCGCGUUCUGAAGCCAAGACACCAGCCAGUGACAGCCUGUAUCGCCUUCAGAAGUUGGCGGAACAGAUUUUACAGUCACAGGUGAGCAAGAUGGAAAUGCCGAGUGGUUUCGCUCUGGAAGGGACGGUGACCCUACACCCCAGCUUCACACCCGAGUUCGGUCGCUACACCAAGCUGGUGCGGGAAGGGGGCAACAUCGUCUACUUCUGUCAAGUGUGCAAUGUCAAGUGCCAGGUCAAGGCUGCAUUUCACGUGCACUGCAACGGCAUCCACCACCACAACAAGGUGCGCAUCGCCGAUAAGAACAGCAAAGACAGCGCGGUCAGCGACAACGGUUGUAACCACAAAGCCAGCAGCUUGUUAACUAGGUCGAAAGAGGCAACUGCACCACCUAACCAGGUCGUGUCAAGGGGCACGCUACUGAAGGUGCCUCUGGUUCCCCACUGUUCUGAGCGUGUGACCUCUGCCAUGGACACGGCCUUGACCUUUCUGCCCUGUAACGCGUCCAUGAGGGGGGAGUCAGAGAGCAUCAGCACUGCUUUACGUCACGAUGAGAUAAAAUCUGCAGCGCCACCUACCAGGGACGUCACCGCGGUGCGUGCCACCAGCGACUCCAGCGACAGCGACGGCAGCACUAUCGGAGCAGACCACAAAUCCGCCAUGUCGCCUGACCGCGGGUCGCUGGGUCAUCUCCAUGGCAACCAUCGUAAGAGACGGAAGCCGUAUGCUCCGAAGGCAGUGCGUGGCGAGCGAUGGCGGAGUCUCCCCGCGGAUACCAGAAGCUGUGCUUCACCAGAAAGUCUUCAUUCCAUCCAGCUUGUUAAAGAUACCGUUACUGCUAGCAGCGAUAAAGAAAACUCUGGAAAUUCCCCACGUAAAGUUGCAUCAUCUCCACCUAGGGGUCCUCAAGUACAUUCACCCAUAUCUAUCAUUCACCGCGACUCCGUUGUGACAGACGACAGCCACGAGGUGCAAAAGCGCGUGAAACUUGAAUAUAGCGAUGAAAACGUUCUUCUGUCGGAUAAUAUUAAAACAUCGCCCAAGAUUGUUGAACGCUCGCAUCAUGUUCACAGUUCGGAUGACGAAGAUCCACUGGACAGCGCUAAGGCUGCCGUCCGGAAGCGGAAGUUACUCGACAGUGAGACCGAGAUCACAAAUGAGGCUGAAGAGUGUGGCGAGCAUGCGCAGUCAAAGCACACUAUCUACCCAUGUCCUCUGUGCGGUUUUCAUGCGGACAACUCCCAGCUGCAGGAAAAGCACUUCCUGUUGGUGCACAAUGUCAACAUAGGAAGUGACGUCAGCUUGUCGGACAGCUUUGGUGGACAGAACAACGAAGGCUGGAAAGUAAUGAAAAUUCGAGAAGUUCUUUCUGGGUUGAUAGAAGAAAGUGCGCGGGGCAGUGUAUCGCGGGACCUGCUGCUUCAGAGGGUCAGUCUCUUGUUGGACUGUCCUCAGGCGGUCACGUGGGGUCCGGCCUGCAACCGCGCAGUCCGCGAGGAGCAUCCCCACAGCGUGGCACAGCGCAAGGGCAAGUUCAAGAAGACCUACUUCUUCGGCGUGAGUCUCAUUCAGCGUAGAGGGGAAGAAGAUGACGAGGAGGAUGUGGAGGAGUUUGAAAGCCUGACCUCUCGACCUCUACGCGAUAUGACACAGGACCUGGAGCAAAUCCUUGAAAACUUGCCAAGUUUGCUGCGUUGGACAGGGCAUGUGCAGAAAGGGGUGUCACGUGACGAAGUGCUGCGCGCGCUGGCGGAACUGGUUGGCGAGACGGAAGUGCAGCACUGGGGCGUGCAGUGCAACAGAGCAGUGCGCAUGCUGUUCCCUCACGUGGAAAUGAAACGCAAGGGCAAAUACAAAACUACAGUCUACUUUGGAGUGGGCUUUACCAGCGACAGACAAGCCUCGGAUAAGGUCAGAGACACCACCUCCCCACCCCCUUCCGACCAGUCGGAGCGCACUUGGACCAGUCCCUCGGGCUUGUCGGCCAUUCCAUCUCACGCCUGGGCUGCGUAUCUCCUCAGUUUCGGCCACAAACUCCAUUGAAAUCACCUACAACACCUGCGACCAGCCACAUGCCCUGACGACUAGAUGCCCACCAGUUGUUCCCUUGGUUUUGGGGUCAAAUCCUUUUUAGCGCCGCCCGGUGCAAGCAGAAACUGCCUAAUGUUGAUCUCAUGCUCCCCAGUAUUGCCCGCUACUCAUCCAGCGCCCACAUCAACGUUUUGUUGUGGUCUUUAGAGCUUGCUGUACAUGGCUGAGCACCUCCACUCAUUUUGCCAUUGCGCCUGGUGCUGUUAGCGAACCAAAAUCUUGGCACCAAGGCUAUGCCUUCUCCAGCGAUGGGAUUCAUGAAAUGUGAACAUGCAACUGAAUGUAGUCUUCAAGUUCAGUACGCUGGAUUUCAAGAGGGUUGUGUGCGAUUAUUACCCUGUGAGCAGUGGUGAAAAAUCAUCAAGUCCACCAUAGCCAAAUGGGAAAGGGACUCGAGAGUUUGUGGUUACCUACGAACAACUGUAUUAUACCGUUAAGUGUUGUGCUAUUUCCUAUUAAUCCAUGCAAUUUAUUGUAAAACUGAUCUUCUAGCCUCAAUGUGUGCCUGCAAUCAGUUCUCAACAGUAAAAUUGGUUAUUUCUGUUGAUUUACAGAACUGGAAAUAUGUUUGGCACAUCUUUAAUCAACAGAUUUGCUCAAGAUUGAACACGAUGUCAGCAGGAGACUAGACAUUCUGAAAUUUAAGGUGUUAACGUGACAGUUUAUUAAAGGAUUUGAAGUGUGCUGUGUUGUGCUUUUUGACUUAUGCUGUAACUAGAAUACACAUGAAACCUGUGGCUAGCCCCCCUUUAGCUUGCAUGGAGGGGAAAGAAUUUAAAUCACUCAUCAGGCAGUACUGGGGCCAGUUCCAUAUUUUGAAAAAAGGAUAGUUUAUAACAAAAUUGUUCCUAGAUGCACGAGUGUUUUAAAGUUGUUUGUGUUUAAAAUUUUAAACAGCUCGGACGUGUUCUAAUUAGACUAAAACGGUGACCAAGUAACAAUCAUUGGAAAAGCUGCAUAUAAGCAAACAAGAUCAUGUGGAAGACAACUUGUUUUGAACACACCGAUGUCACCAGAAAUAUUAAAGAUUGCAAUGACUCCUGACAAGAGCAAAGUCUGCACUUAAAAAAAUCCAUGAUUAUUUUAUCACAGCCUUGUUUUAGCUUUUUCAUUCGCAAACUAUAUUUCAACACGUGAUAUGUUUACAUACUGCUGAGUUCAUAUCACACAGUGGUCAUGCAUGCAACUUACCAUUUCUAACUCGAUUCAAGGCCUAAAAGUGUUAAAAGUAUUGCGCAACUGGCCCUCUUGCAUCCUCUAAUAAUUUGGUGAUGAAAACUAAACAAAGGCCCACACCAGUCAAUUUUUACAAUCCUUUCACAGUCGACACAACAUGGUUCUGUACUAUUUUCUCACCAAGAAACUCACACCAACAACUAACAAUGCAAAGUAGCUCUUUAAUUGGGGAGGUGGGAAACUCAUGAAAUAACCACAGCUUUUUUGCUUUUUUACCUUAAAAGGACUGUACUAAAAGUAAUUCUGCAGGCAAGUAAGCUGAACUUUUCAGCCUCUACCCUUUUCUACAAAUAUGUCACACUUUUUGCUGGGAAAGAGGAAAAAAAAAAAA